AUGACGUCCAAAGAGUUGAACUUGCACUACCUUCUGCCCUCUGAUCAAAAGGCCACCGAAUCGUUUAAACAAACUACUUAUUUUGAUGUUGUAGCGCCCACACGACACCUAAAGGACGCAGCAUCAACAAGACACCCGGAAGAUUCACGCAGCGUCGUCAUUGGCUAUGAGCAUUCUCCACCCCCACCACCGCCAAGGCAACCUCAAGUGCGCGGCCUAUCGACGCCUCGAAUGUCCAAUCUGGAGGUGGACGAACCACUGGUAUAUCCCCCCAAUCUCGGCUACUUUGGCAAUCAGAAUGACUUUCGCGUGCAAAAGUUCUCCUGCUGA